GGUACAAGAGUGGUUUAGUAUAUGGGUCUCUGAUUCUUGCAAUGAACUUUGAAAGUAAAAGUAGCGUGACAAUCAUGGGCGAGCAAGACCAAUCCCCUGAGAGUUCUUGUGAUGACGGAAACUCUGACGGCCAGAUUCUUGAAAACUCACCUCAGAAAACAAAGAAGAUUGAUCGGAUCAGUGAGCUACCUGACUCUCUUAUUGUCCAAAUUCUUUCUCUAAUACCCAUAACGGAUGCCUGCCGAACGACUAUUCUCUCCAAACGUUGGGAAAACCUUUGGACUUCUAUCGACAACGUCAUUUAUGAGAACGAGGUGAAGUACAAUUGUUCAGACAGCUUGACAGUGCACAAAUUCAUUUCCUUCACGGACAAUGUACUACCUCUCCUUAGUCGCUCUAGCAUUAAAAAGUUCAGUCUAGAUUUCGCAUUUGACUAUGAUUAUGGCGUGUCUUAUAGUCACAAAAUUGACAAGUGGCUUGAAUUUGCUCUGAAUAAAAAAGUGGAGGAUCUUUACCUGAAUAUAUGUUAUACUGAUGAACCGAGUGAAGAUGACCAACCCUAUAGCUUGUCACAAGUUCUCUGCGGCAACUCAUCAAUUCUAAAACUCGAUUGCAGGAAUUGUAGAAUAUCAGAAGAUUGUGUACUAAAUUGGACAUCCCUGAAGAGUUUGACGUUGGGAUAUUUGUUUCUCCAGGAUGAACACAUUGAACAAAUAAUGUCAAAUUGUCCUCAGUUGGAAUCUUUGAAGCUAUGUGGCUUUUGUGGUUUAAAUCGUUUGCACAUAUCCUCUCCAAAAUGUAGGCAACUGCAAUUGAUCGAUCACGAUCAUCCUGUCGGAGAUUGGGGUUCAGUUGAAGGUGAUUGUCGCUUCGAAAUUGUUGCUCCAUAUGUUCAAUAUUUAGAGAUUUCUGGGGAUUUCAAUCAUAUGGAAAUUAGGCUCAGGGACUUGUCAUCCUUGGUCCAUACCGAUCUUACUUUCUGCCGCGAUGAAUAUGGCGUACCUGAUCAAACCAUAGUGAAAGAUCUUUUUCUAGGCGUACGUUGUGCUAAUGAGCUAAUGGUCUCUUCCUGGUUUAUCAAGGUGAUUUCAGAUUUGCUGUUCGAAGAGGACGGCGUGUCCUUACCAUUGCUGGAGUGCAAAUGCUUGACGAUAAGUUCUCGUAUUACAAAAUUUUGCUUCCCCGGUAUAGACGGCCUCUUAAGGUCGACUCCUUAUCUGGAGAAUUUGAUGAUAUAUCCUGAUAGGCCGUACUGCAAAUGUUUCCUGGAUGAAGCCGUUACUUUGUGGGGACUAAACUACCUCUCCUCGCAAGAAAAUAUAUUCAAAGUUUUCUUACAGAAUUUGAAGAACGUGAAGGUUUCUUCAAACUGUUGUAGUUGUCUCGAUAGAGCUGACACAACAGAGCUCCUUACAGAAUUCUUGAAGUCUUUGCUUGAGCAUGCAAAAAAUCUUGAGAAACUGGUUAUAGCGCCAGUGCAUGAGGGAUGCAAUAUCUCUUCAACAAAUAUCUCAAAAGUGAUAAAGAAUUUGUUAGCUUUUCCAGGAGCUUCUAAUAAUGCAGUGGUUUCCUUAGGAUCAGUCUCCGGUGUUGACUUUCCUGGGGAGUAGGAAUUUUUAUAUUGAUCUUUUUUGUUCUCCAGAGUAUUUUGUUCAACUAUUUUUUGAACUCUUAUAUCUUCGUAUGCUGUCAGUGCAAAGAAUUGUUGACCAUCAAGUUACUAAAUAACUGAUAGAGAAGAUAAGUAAUCUGCUCAGAUUGAUUAAACUAUUGUCAUAGUGUAAAUUCGAAACUGUUUUGCAUUAUCGAUGUAUAGUGUAAGUCCUAUUUGAU